ACAUAGCUAUUUACCCGAGUUCUUUUCCUCCAAGGACGAAAACCCUUAGUUUCCUGUUCAGCUUUCUUCAACAUUCAAUCAACAGAAGACGUUUCCUCCAUCCCAGGUCUCAACUGCAGUCUAUAUUCUCCUUGUGUGGUCAUGAUGCGUUACUGGGGUGAGAUCCCGGGGCCUGCGGGGGCUCCUCCCAAUCGCAGUUCCUUUGACUUGCUCCAGCGUGAGUUUCGAUCCGUGGAGAUGCAGGACCCUCCCUUACACCAGCCCUCUGCACAGCGGCCACGGCCCACCACAAUGCUUGAUAUCCCCUCUGAGCCGUGCAGCCUCACCAUCCACACAGUGCAGCUGUGCCAGCACGUUCGCCGUCUCCGAGGUCUUCUGGCAGCAGCCCAAGCCCAAUCUCAGGGUCAGAGCUCAACAUCCUCCGAGGGUGGCAGCAAGCUGGACGAGGCUGAUACCAACCUGCCGUUAUGCCCUCCCACCCCACCUGUUAUGCCAGAUGACCUGCUACCUGUGGAUAGCAAAGCCCCCCGACAGCCCUUUCAGCUCCGCCACAGCGACCCUGAAAGUGACUUUUACAAAGGUAAAGGCGAACAGGUCACAGAACUGAGUUGGCCCUCCUGUAGGCAGCUACUGUAUCAGUCUGUAGCGACCGUCCUGGCCCAUGCUGGCUUCGAAUCUGCUCAGGAAAGCGUCCUGGAGACGCUCACGGAUCUGGUCCACGAGCAUUACCUGCGUCUAACCCGCCUGCUGCGGGUGGCAGUGGACAGGGAGGCUCGACUUGGAGCCAGUCCCUUCCCAGAUGUGGUGGAGCAGGUGUUCCAUGAGGUGGGAAUUGGCAGUGUCCUGACCUUGCAGCGAUUCUGGCAAGUGAGGAUCAAGGACUAUCACAGCUACAUGCUGCAGCUCAGUAAGGAUCUAUCAGAGGAAUACGAGCGACUGGUAAAUCCAGAGAAAGCUCUUGAGGACUCCAAGUCCCCGAAGAUCAAGGUGGAGGCCAUGAGUGACAUUCCCUUCCCUGUUAGUGAGGAGCCUGAGGCUGACUUGGCCUCCGGGGACCAGGCUUUGCCAAUGGGGGUCCUUGGUGCCAAUGCUGAGAGGCUGGCUUCAGGGCUGGAUGGAGACCAUUCUCCUCAUACCUCAGGUGGAGGUGUGGCAAACAACUCCCCUCUGUGGCCUCAGGUAAAAGUGGAGCCACAGGACGGCGAGGAAGGCCAAGCUUCGGCUCACCAUCAUCAUCACCACCACCACCACCACGGGGUCCUGGGCGGAGAUGUGUUUGAGGACGGUGGGCCCAUGUCCACCAUGAGUGAGUCAGGAGGAGUAAUGGGGCCCUCACCCGGAGGGGUGGGAUCUGAUGGAAGCUAUGCUUCCCAUUCGCCCGACUCCAUGAUGGUUGACGAUUUUGACCAGAGACCCAAGAAACGGACAAAGAAGAUGUGAGGCUGUUUUAGCAGAGAAAUUGACUCUGAGCCAAAGUGCUGAAACACACCAGUGUUAAUCUGACAAGAGCGCUGAACUCAUGGUGGAAGGCGGGGCUUUUGUAGUUCUUUGUUUUUACUAAAUAUAUUAAUGGAGUUAAUCACCAAAAGAAUAAACAUCUUCUGGGGAACCAGCUGCACUAAUUCUGGUCAUGGAGUGUUUUUCAUAAACAAAUCUAUAAGGAGCUAGUCAACAGUUAGCUUAAUGAACAGAGGAAAAGGAAAAACUAUGAAGCUCUAAUACAAAUUGUUUAGUUGAACAACUAAAUAAUUCAGCUGCAGCAUUUGUUUUCCCGAGCCAUUAAGACUCUUGCUCCCUACACACCAAUUAUUACCAUUUAAAAUUCAUUAUCAUUAAAAGAUGCUCUAAAAAGAGAAAAUCCUUGUUCUCGUGAGCAUGUCUCUGCAUGCGAUUAUGAUGUGUUCUUAACUUUGCCUGCUUCGGUUCACUUUACGCCUGGCCCGACAGAGUGGAACGAUCUGCACACACCUCACACACCUGUCAACCUGAAGCCGCUCCGCAGAAUUAGCAUCUGUUUCGGUAAUGAGGCCAACCUGUGAAUGCAACACCAGAGGCAAUUAUGGGUUGGUUGUGUGCAUCGCGAAGGGCGACAUCAAUCCAGUCUUAAUGGCAAAUUAAUUAGGCCAGGCAUAAUUUUGCAUGUUCAAUGAGCAGGCCUGUUUGAAUACAUGUGUUUUGCUUUUGUGUGGUCCUCUUUGGUUUUUACAAUUAGCCAGGUAAUUGUCUGUGCCUCAGGUAGGUCCUGAUGGGGGUCAUAACUAUUGAUAUUCAAUUAGCUGCAUCUAUUGAUUGAUGAUUGAUUUGUUUUCUGCAGUUGAAUGUGUCUGACUGCACAAAACAGUCUUCCAACUUAUGAGGGAGCUAUUAGAAUUGUUGCCAUUAGGACAUGUCGCCAUGUUUCACUAACGUUAUAUGGAUUAGCUUCUGCUCUGAUGUUGUGCUGGUAAGCUUCACAGAUCACAUCAGGUUACCAGCGAAUAAAAUACAAUGAAUCCAUUCAAAUAAUACAAUUUCCCCAGAUACGAGGGCAAUCCCAAAAUCAAGGUCUCCUAUCGUUUUCGAAAUACGUUUAUUUUCCAUAAUAUUUUCAUCAUUUUAAAGCUUGAAGACUUUUGUCUACAUAAUCGCCAUUUCGGUCGAUACAUUUUUGUAGACGCUGUGGCAGUUUUACAAUACCCAUGUUAUAUGGAAGUUUUGGAGAAUGCUAGCGCCCUUACUCAGCAUUCCUCUUCUCCGGUUCUGAAAUGCGCUUCUGAGUUGAGAGUGAGAAAGUCAACAACACCCCCUUUCGUUCCUCAAACACAGUUGCGCACUGUGCGUGCAAGCAUUCUCCACAACACCGCGCGUCCACACGUCGUCCGUCAAACUGUUGCUCUCCUGCAAAACUUUGGAACUUCAUCACCCACCCACCCUACAGUUCGGACUUCGCACCAAGUGAUUCCCACCUGUUCCCAAAGGUGAAAGAACAUUUGUUCGGAAGGCAAUUCUGCGGCGUCGGCGAGCAGGUAUGACAUGGGCAUUGUAAAACUGCCUACAAAAAUGCAUCGACCGAAAUGGCAUGUAGACAAAUAAGUCUUCAAAUUUUAAAAUGAUUUAAAUAUUAUGGAAAAUAAACGGUUGUUUGUAUUUAUAAAAAAAAUAGAAGGCCUUACUUUUGGGAUUGGCCUCGUACUUAGACACAUACAUCAAACUGCUCGAGCACCGUGCCUUGAAACAGCCCCUCACUUUAUUCCGAGAAUAGCUGUUUUAGCUCUUUCUGUUAUCCGGGACCUUCAAGGAUAAAACUCCUCUUCAGGAUCCAAGUUUGUUUGAUCAGUGUGAUAUGUCCAAACUGUUACAUAACACUCCAAUGGUAUUUCUCCAUGUCACAGCCGCAAGCUACAGUCACGGUCAAAACCAAGUACACCCUCUAUAAAUUCUAAGGUUUUACAUAUUAGGACAUAAAUUAUCUAGUUGUUACCAGGUUUUAAAAUUCCUGCCAAAGUCAUGAUAAAUGCUCGAUGAUUCAGAUAAGGAAAUUAAGCUACAUUUAAAUUAACUUAAUUAGCGUUCUGGGAUCCUGACAGUAUUUUAGUCAGCCUGAGGUCUGGACUUUGACUGGGCCAUUGUAGCACUUUAAUUUCUUUCUCCUCCAGCCAUUCUGUUGUAGAUUUGCUGCUGUGUUUAGGUCAUUGUCAUGCUGCAUGUCAAUUUUGGCCAAGCUUUAGUUUUUAGACAGAUGGCCUCCCAUUUGAUUCUAUACUUUGGCCGUAAUGCACAGUACCACAUUUGGCUGAAGCCAAAAAUCAUAAGCAAACAUCUCCAUGUUGAUCUUCUCUGUCAGGAGGACAUUGUUCCAGAUGCUUUGUGCUUUGUUUUAUUGUGGUUUGCAUCUUUACUAAGCUAAGCUGUGGUACCAUAUUCAUUUUAGACAGAAGAAUCUUUUCUCCCGGAAAUGUUUCCCAAGAAUUCACAUUUGUUCAGUCUUUGUCUAACUAUAUGUCAUCAACAUUUUACAUGCUAAAUGAGGCUUGAGAUGGAGAUCUUGGGUUUUUUGGGGGCAAUUUCUCUGAGCUUUUAUUCUGACCCUCUGUACGUCCACUCCUGGAAAGAUUGGUGGCUGUUUUGAAUGUUUCUAUUUGUGAAUAAUUUUCUCACUGGAGAAUGAUGGACUUAUAAUCCUUACCAAAUUGAUGAAUAGCAAUAUUUUAUUCUCCAGAAUCAUGAUGUCUUUUCUCCUUGGCAUUGUGCUAACACACAUCUGAAUGCUGCAGACCAGCAAACCAUUAAUAGUUCUGCUUUUAGAGAGGUGCUCAUACUUGCUGAUGACCAUUUAGUCAACUGCAUUUUAUUAUUAACACCUGGCUGCUACAUAUACUCUAACUCCAAUGUAAGCAGUGAGGGGGUAUACUAGGGUUUUCGCACAGUCCUGCAUUUUGGCUUAAUUUUUGUUAAAUAUAUAAUGAUACAGUGUCAUAGUGUACUUUUUCUUUUUUUGCCAUGGCUUUACAUUCAUCGGUGGCAUUGACAUGAAGGUAAUAUUUAGAUUAUACCAAGACAAAACUAUUUCAGUGACAGAUGAGCAACUUAAGGCAGACCCAUUAUGCUAAUUUCUAGCUCCAGAAUUUUUUUCCCCUUAGACGUCCCUCGGGUGGAAAAAGAAAUUAGCAUUCUAGACUUUUGUGGGAAAACAAUAAUAGUUCUAAGCCACGUCUGGAUUAUUUUCUGCUUUGACAUGCAGCUGGUAAGCUUCACAGAUGGAACAUGAAGGGAAUUCUGUGCCAGUUGUUGCAGCAAGAGGUGCCAGCACCGUCUCUUAGGUAACUAAAAUGCAAAUAACCAACAUAAAUCUGCAAUUUUCCCAGAUAUCUGGACACACACAAUUCAUUGAGUAGUUUUAGGAACCCCACCUGCCACAUUUGUAUUUUUUCAACCCACCCCUUUAAGGCAACUCUUGUUUUAAGCUGACUUUUUUCUUAUUGGCUGCCACUCGCAAACCUGAGAUAUGAACAGCAGGUGGGCGGGGCCUCUGAUUAUAGACAGGGUUGUUUGCUUAAGAUCAUCAUCUGCUCUCAUUGUGAGCUUUCAGGCCUCACUGCCUUUGUUAUUUGAACCUUGGGUCAUUUUAAAACGAGCACCCACUAUUCAAACAUUGUAGAAAAUUAGGAAAGAAAAUGUGUGCUGAGGAUUGAGGCGAUGCGUGCCCCCUUAGACUAUACUAAAUAUCUAUUUGAACAAUACAGAAACAUUAUGUUCUAAUCUUUUGCUUUUAUGAUUCACUUUAAAGUGUAUUGCCGAAAUAACUUCUGUCAUGUGUUGUUGACAAGACAAAAAUAAAUUUUUUACAAACUUAAUAAAAUUGUGGUGUAAUGGCCAUUGCUGUGACUGGUGGGAUUAAAUGCAUUAAAGCUCA